AUGCCUGCCAUCCUCUUAAUUUACAGUGCCACUAAUUUCAGUGAUAUUUGCAUACAUGCAAUUGAGCGCAAGAGAGCAUUUAAACUAGACAGUGCAACUCCUGCAGUGAGAGCUGCCAACGCAAUUCAGCUCUGGCCUCCUCACAGUGUCCAAAUGGAAAGUGACAGGAAGCCUUCCUACAAUUUGACAUGGCAGCUCCAUAAUGUCUCUCAUUACUUAGAAGGGCAGCUGGAGUACGAAGUAGCUUACAAAAAGCCAGAUGAUCCUGAUAAGGCUGACACAAUCCUGCCCAUUACUUAUGAUCAGCAGUGGAUAGAAAUUGAGAAUCUUUCUCCUGGCACAGAGUAUGAGGCGGCUGUUCGUGUCAAGGUGCAAGAUUACAGUAGUUACAAGAGCAUAUGGAGCCACUGGAGUACAACGUUAAAGUGGAGGACUUACCCAAAAGUUCCUCUAGCCUUUGGCAUCAGUUUGAUCUCCGUCUUCCUCAUUGUCGCUGUCUUGCUGGUCAAAACACGGACACCAAAAUGGCUUCAGAAGGUGCUGAAGAUCCAUUUACCAGACCCAGUCAAGUUCUUCCCAUCUCUCACGGCUGUCCAUGGAGGAGAUGUUCAGAAGUGGCUGUCCUCUCCGUUGUCCAUGGAUUCCUUCCACAUCACUGCUGCAUCCCCAGAUGUCUCUGUGCUUGAGGUACUGCAGAAAGGCAGCCAGGAUCCUUGCCUCCUCCUUCCCAAGGAUUGUCUUACUCCUAUGGAUGCUCCAGAGACCAGUGGGCAUUCCUUAUCCAGUUGUUUUGUCAACCGCGGCUACUUUUUCUUCCACCACCUUCAUUCCCUUGAGAUUGAGCCCUGCAAGGUGUACUUCACAUAUGACCCCAUUGCUCAAGAAAACAGUGGCAGUGAGGAUGGUGACUCCUACCAAGCACUCCACACAACAGGGAGUCACCUGCCAUUGCCUUCCUACAGCCUCGUGGGGAGCCAAGAGGGUGUUUCACUGCUGCCAGAAAUGAAGGAACCAACUCAGAAGGCUCAUCAGACCAUCAGCCCUCCAUCCAUGGGGAGAUCCCCACCUGCAUCGGCAACAGAACAGGGUGAGACCCAGGAAGAGAGCGAAGCCAUUUUUCCAGUCUCCAUUUCUCUGCAUCAGUCUCCCAUGGGUAUUUCAAGUGUCCACAAGCAUCCUAACAGCAAUGCUAAUGAGACAGAGGCAAUUACAAAUGUAGCAACUCACACCAGUUCUAUAGGAGAGAAUGCACCUUCAUUUCUCCAGCCUCUGAUUCUGAGUCCAGGCAAAGCCAGUGACGUCUGCAGAAGUGAAUCCUCUAGCCAGGUCCCUAACUCUGAGGCCUACUUGUCCUUGAGAGAGCUCCAGAGCCAAUACAGCCAUCAGUCUGUCUGA